GCGGUAUUCCUCCGCGCCACCAGGGGGCGAUCUGUCCCUCCGAGCUGCUGUUGAUGUUCUAUUUUCCCCGGAGAGAGAAUAGACAUUUUGGGGGAGCUCCGCCGCUGAACGAAGCCUCCUCUCCUGCUGCUCCGAGGAAACGUUGAUUUUCGUCUCUCCCUGAACAUUUACUGGUUUUAUUUCAGCUCUCGCCGUUAAAUAACCAAGUGGCGCGAAGAGAAAAAGAUUUCGUCGGCUGGAACUUCCAGUCGCUUCUCUCUGCACACUACCUGCCUUGUUUUGUUUUCAGCUAAUCUGGUCAACGAGGUUCGGCUGUGAUGGCUGACUUCAGCAGCAGGGUCAUGACGUCCUCAGAGCAGCUGGCGGUCAGAGGAGGAGCUGCAGGAAAAGCGACGGCGUCCUCGGUCGCGGCGGGAAACGGAAACUGGGAUGGUGCAGGUGGGAUGGACCAGAUCACAGUGGUGAGGAUAGAUGACACCCACAUCGCAGAGGAGCAGUCUCACGUCGGCGGGAAGGUUAAAGACGCCGCCGCCGCCGCCACCGCCGAGUUCUACGAGGUGGAGUACUCGCUGCCUGCGGAGGAGGUGGUCGUGGGAGAGGAAGAGGAGGACAGUGUUUAUGUUAUUGAAUAUUCAAAUCCUGAGGAGGAAGGAGAGAGUUACCAGUUCACCAUGUCUGUGGAUCGAUCGCUCCCGCCCAAAAAGCCGGUUAUUAGACGUCCGGUGGUCAGAGAAAACGCCACAGCUCCGUUACCGGUGAUGUCCAAACCGUCCAGACCGUCGAGGCAGAGACACGAGGUGAGGCAGAAGAGGAAGAUGUCGUCAGAGGAGGAAGUCAAAGAGGAAGAAGUUGUGAGCAACAAGAGUGUGUUAGAGUUCGGAGAGGACUACAGCGACAUGAUGGGCUCAGGGAAACGACAGCUGGUGUGCUCGCUGUGCCCGCCGCCCGGCAGGACCUUCAAGAGGGCGUCAGGUCUGGCCGUACAUUUGAAACAGAUGCACCUCAUGGAGGGGAAGAAGACGUUCUUCUGCACGUCCUGCAAUCAGAGCGUUCGCACUCAGAUCGAACUGGACGCGCACACACGCCGCCACGCCAACCAGGACGCCGUCUUCACCUGCCUCCUCUGCCCGGCGGGGACGGAGGAUAAAACCGAGGCGCAGACGACGGGGUUCAAAGGGUCCAGGUGGGGCCUGAAGAAACACCUGGAGAAGGAGCACCCGGGCGUCAUCCCUCGCUGCGACGUCUGUAACAAAGGCUUCAAGACGCUCGUGUCGUACCUCGCCGAUCAGUUCAGGCACGUCGGGGUGUCGCCGUACUACUGCGCCAAGUGUCAGAUCUACGAAAUGACUGAGAGGGGUCUGAGCGUGCACAUCAAGAACCACGACAAGAAGAAGAAGAAGCAGGAGUUGGCUGAAAGCCGCCUUCCGGCGAUCGGAGUCUCCGCCCCGGUGGAUAACUCCGCCACGGACGACUCCGACUUCUGACUCUGCAGAGAGUCCAGCCCGGCUUCUUCCUGUCGGCCGCUCCAGCUCAGUGACCUCCUCCGAGUCAGACUCAGGUCCCGCCGUUAUGCAUCUUGGACUGGUCUGAACUGAACAAGAACACGACCGGUUCUGUGUGCGACCACCUGAGCGUCGGACAGAACCGAGCCUUUAUUUAGUCCAGACUUGUGUUAGAAACCUCCUCCGUGUUUCCAUGAUACAUUCAGUGUAAUGUCCUUCAGUCAACGCGUGUCAUCAGUCAGGUCAGGUCUUUUAUUGUGAAAAACCAUCAGGAGUAUUAAGCAUCAUUAGAACCUUAAAAACCAUUUGACUGAAAUUAAGAUUAUUUCGGAGUGUGACACGACUCUGCUGUGGAAGUGGACGUUAAACUGAAUUGACCAUGUGAGCUGUUGCAUUAGGCUGCAGGUGUCUCCCCCCCCCC